AAAUCUUAGACACGUUCUUAACAGUGAAGAGUUGACAAAGUACUUUAACAACCAGAGACUGAGUGUGGAGGGAGAUAACUCUGAUCAUGAUGAACACUUCCGGACAGUCAGCUCUGAUUCAAUUCAAAACCAUAACUGAUGCGGAGGAUGUACUAGCCAGGGGAGAUCACUGCAUAUGUGAAACGAGGAUUACUGUGUCAAGAUAUGACUGGCCUGAGCUGAGAACUGUCGAAAUCAAAGGAUUGCAAAAGUCAGAUUAUGGAAAAUUAAUGUCAGAGGAGUGUUUGGGGAAAUGUGUCGAAAAUAUCCAGGAGACAGAAGAAGGAAGUGCUCUGAUGACUUUCAUUGAGGAAGCGAGAGAUGCAGUUUCAGAAAUUGCCUUGAGGCUUCUGGACUUAAAAGUACAGGUCUUUCCAUACGACUCCAAAAGACUUGCCCCACGACAUCCCUUCAUUGUCUACAUGGAAGGAAUGUUCAAGAACUUACCAAUGUUUUCGCAUUUUUUGAAAUUCAUCACACCUCCGACUAAAAUCUUUGGAGUGGAGAGAAGUGGCAAUGCCUUGUUACUGUAUGCCAAUGUUGUGGACUUGAUCAGAGUAAAAGAAGAUUGCGGAUCUAUUCCGUUUUUGUCUGGAGUGUCAGUCAUGAACUGCGACCAGCUGUCCAGAUUUUAUCCGCUGUUUGGGAUUGAAGGUGGCAAAUGCCUUUUCAAGCUUAUGGACACAGUUCAGGAUCAAGAAACCGGAGAAUAUCGAAAUUCUUCCAAAAUGGAGUGUCUUGAACAGCAGGUGACGCUGUUAAACAAAUCCAAGUCCAGAUUGGAGAAAGCUUGUAAAGAAUUGAUGCUCGAGAAAACCCACUGUGACAGAAGAGUGGCUAAAUUGCAGGAAGAAGUCAGAACACUCUCAUCUGUAAAGGAGGAAAUAAGCUGUAAGUAUGACAAGCUCCUUGUCAAGUUCAAAGAGAAUGCAGUUCUGAUAGAAGGGUUAGAACAACAAGUGAAGCAGCUGACCGAAUCCGAGGCAAGCCUUCAAAUAAGACAUGGAAUAGAAAAGACACAUUGGGAGAAAACACUGAAAGAUUUAAAUUCCACAGCCAGUUUUUUGGUGAAGAGGAACAGUUCCCAGGAGCGCGAACUUUUGAAAAAGGCAGAGCGUAUUCUGAGACUGGAAACAUCUUUGUAUUGUAAUUCGGAGGAACUGCAUAAACGUCUGGAGCCACUUCAGGCCAUUCCGGAGAUAAUUUCGUCGCGCUGUAAAGCACUCAGCCUUCACAUUAAAGAUACGGGAGAACGUAUCGACGAAAGUAUCAAGGAAUCUGGUGCACAAGUCGGUAAUGAGGUGGCCCGCUUGGCUACAGCCUGGGAAAAGUUUAGAAAGCAGGAUACUUCUGAGAAAACCCGGAAGGGCAGGAACAGCUCUAACCGAAAAUAUAUUCCCGGAGAGCUUAAAGAUUGCUUUGAGCAGCUGAGAAACACACUCGGUCCAAACUGGUUAGAUGCAGGUCGUGCUCUUGGCCUAGACUCCGAAAAGUUGGAUAGGAUAUCGGAGAACUGGGGACAGUAUGGAAUGCAGGAAAUGACUUCCCGAGUGUUGGAAUGCUGGUGUACCAACUCUCAAACGGCAGACGUCAGCCUUAAUGGUCUGAAGUGUUCUAUGGUUCGGCUUGAAAUAAACCCACUAGAGUUGGUACCCAUGAGUGAAGACGAUCGGAAGAUCCUGGUGGACAACUACAGCAUCCUGCUUUCAGACAUGUUUGACGUUACCGUCAUUGACGGUCACCUUCGUAGAGCUAAGAUACUGUCAGCGUCAGCCCUUGACUAUAUCCUGUACCCUAAAACACGUCACAGGCGAAUCCAGAGACUACUGGUGGUGUUACCGUUUUGCGGGAGCCGAGCACUGAAGGAAUUUAAAGAAGCUCUGAAUGAGUCUGGUCAGGCCCACCUGGCAUUGGCACUUGAUGGUAAUUCAGUUCAGGAAUGCAUUCCAUCAACUACAGAAACCCAACAAGUUACAGCCUUAAACUUUAAAGUUACGCCUAAACCAGCAGCUGUAUGUAAACCCGCAGUUGCGAAAAAGCCAACAGUUGUACCUAAACCCGCAGUUGCGCAUAAGCCAACAGCUGGACAUAAACCCACAGUUGCGCCUAAGCCAACAGUUGUACCUAAACCUGCAGUUGCGCCUAAGCCAACAGUUGGACGUAAACCAGCAGUUGCGCCUAAGCCAACAGUUGGACGUAAACCAGCAGUUAAGCCGAAACCGGCAGAUGUAUCUAAACCAAGAGUUGUACCUAAAGAUCCAGCGACAAGAGGUGUACGUAAUCAAGCCUUUGAGCUGAAAGAUAUCCCAGCAAAACAGACUGAGAGGAGUGAUGAUUUGGGACUUGUAGACAGAAUUUCUGAUAUGCUGGCAUCAAACAUGCAAGCAUCGGGCCAGAUUAAACAAGACUUUGAUAGGCUCAGGGGACAACUGCAGAAAUGUACAUGUGGAGCAAAUCCCAAGUAGAAAAUAUGUCAUCACAUUUUCAUAAUGAAUUACAUGACGAGACAGCCCUGAAAAAAACUGUAAAAUCUUCCCUCUAGACCUGCAGAUCUCAUAUUUGAUUUGUUUAGCUGCAGGUAAUCUGGAACGGUUAGCGGGAUCAUAUUUGAGGGACAGAUAACGCCGUGAUAUGUGGGGAACAGCUAGCGGGGUCAUAUUUUAGGGACAGAUAACGGCGUGAUAUUUGAGAAAUAGCAAGGUCACAUUUGAGGGACAGAUAACGGUGCGAUGUUUGGGGGGCAGCUAGCGGCGUCAUAUUUAGGGGACAUCUAGCGACGCCAAAACACGUUAGUAAUAAAGCUGACAGGGAUCUACAUAUUGUCUAUUUUUUAAUUGUCCAUAAUUGAAUCGAACAUAUAUCCGGAGCAUAAUAGUACAUCUCGCGAAUAGAAUGAAUAUAUUGAUGACCAAAUGAUUACCAAGUUCCGUGUUUAUGUUAGAUUAUAAUUUGUGUACAGGAAUUUCACCUACUUAUAAAAUACUAAAAGAAAACAAAACCAUUGGUGUCAGUAACCCAACUGUAGCCAGAUGAUAUACCACCACUCUAUAGGCGAAAUGCUUAGACAAAAAGCAGAUUGUUAGGAGAUAACUGAUAAACAAACUGGUAAACAGGCAAGACAUUGUACCGAUUUUUAAAAAGGUGGAAACCAAGCAAAAAGGAAAAUGCUGACACCUUGGUAAGGGGAAAGAGACAAUGAACGAAUUCUUCAAAAUGUCGUAAAGAAUGUAGAUUUUUUAAUUUGCAGUCACAUGGAAGACAUUUACUUUCGUUUUCUGGUUUACGACUCUUGGAAAAUAAGAUGGUAUUUUCAUUUGGUUGAUUACAUCAAGAAUAUAAUCACUUUAUUACAUCUAAAACCAUGGCGUCACAUGAAGGAUAAUCAUAUUAAAUAGUAAAGAUGGUAUUUUAAUUUUAAUGAUGUUAAAAAUGCUUUUCUAAUCUAGCAACCCAAAUUAUUUAUUUUGUGGUUGUUAUUUCAGUAAAGAGGUUUUACUAUUGUUUUGGCCAAGACCAGUAAAUGUGUUGAGGAAGGUUUUAGAAAUAUUUUAGUGAUGAUGAUAUCCUUUAUUCACGUUCUUCUUUAUUUGACUUUUGUCCAAGAGAAAAUUUUAUAGCAUUUU